UCGCCCACCGACGAGCGGUUCUUGCAUUUCACCGAGCGCGUGCGCGCGGCAGCCAGUCACCCGCGGGAAUCGAUCGACGAUCCAUGGCCAGCGGCUACCCGGCGGGAGGCGAACAACCCUCCGGUCGCCUCGUGGUCCUCCGGCCUCUGCGACUGCUACGACGACGUCGGCGGCUGCUGCCUGACCUUCUUCUGCCCGUGCGUCGCCUUCGGGAGGAUCGCGGAGAUCGUCGACCAGGGAGCCACAUCGUGCUGCGCGAGAGGGACGCUGUAUAUGUUGCUGGCGAUGGCGACGGGGUUCGCGUGCGCCUACUCCUGCUGCUACCGCUCCAGGCUGCACCAGCAGUACGGGCUCCAGGAGAAGCCCUGCGGCGACUGCUGCGUCCACUGGUGCUGCGGGCCCUGCGCCCUCUGCCAGGAGUACCGCGAGCUCAAGAGCCGCGGCUUCGACAUGUCCCUCGGUAUGUUAGAGAAGAGGGGGAAUCGCGUCGAUUUGUAGCGAUCGAGCCACACUACGGGUCCACGGCGAUGCCAUGGUUCGUCGUCUUUGAUCUGCAGAUGAGAUUGAUUCGUUCGUCGGUUCGUGAAUU